GCGGCGCGGGCCGCCUGCCCCCCGGGGGACACGGGCUGCCGCCUCCUCUCCGUCUCCGACCUCUUCGACCGCGUGAUCCGGCACUCGGGCAGGAUCCACGCCGAGCUGGAAAAGUACUUCCCACCCCGUGGAAACGAGCUGGGGCGGCCGGCGCGGAAGUGCCACACGUCGCGGAUGCCAACCCCCAAAGGCAAGGAGCUGGCCCAAAACCUGCCGAGAGAAGAACUAACACACUUGAUACUGAAACUUUUGCAAGCCUGGAAAGAACCACUUUCUCACUUUAAUCAGCAUAUUGAGCACCAUCAAGAAUUAUCUGAUGACAGCCUUAGCAAAGCUAAGCAAAUCAGCAAUAUGGUACAUGAGCUGAAGACGGGAGUUGAGAAAGUAACAGAAAAGAUGCAGUCAAUGGGAAUCAUCAGCAAUUCAUUAAAUGGAAUGGCAUCAUCUGAAGCAGCUGGUUUAUCCAUUAGUAAUGAAGCAAACCUGAUGAGUGACUCUGACUUUAUUCAUUGUUUCAGGAGAGACUCCAAUAAAGUACAAAGCUACUUAAAAAUUCUUAAAUGUAAAAUUAUGCCAGAAAAUAGUUGUUGAGCUUUAA